AUGACCUCAGCACAAAAGUGGAGACUGGAAGAUGUCUUCAAGUGGUCUCCUAUACGUUUUGCAGAGGAGACAAAUGCGUGGGAAUGGAUAGAGAGAAUGUUGGAAAACGGGUUGUCAGCAAAGGAGCUCAUAACCACGAAGAGAAAGCUGUCCGAUUUGGAGACGGCAGUCGCCUUAAUGCACGUCUUCUGCACGGGCGGUUACCUGCGGCUGCUGCGGCUGGCACUGUCAGUGGACCCGAGAUUGUCAUCGACGAGUCUAGACGGGAAGGGAUCGACGCCGCUGCACGUGGCAGCCGCGAACAGGAGAGACGCUGCAGUGCGGCUGCUGCUGGACGCGGGCGCCGACUGGGAGGAGAGAGACGGCCUCGGGCGCACGCCGCUCCACGUCGCCGCCGCCAGUGGCAGCAUCCAUGCCUUCCGGCUGCUGUUGGAUGCCGGGGUUGACCCAGAGGUUCGGGACUCUGAAGGAAAUACGGCGGUGCACUUCGCUAGCGAAGCUGGCCACACAGGUAUCUUGAAGGCGCUGUACGGCAGGGGCGUGUCGCGUUGUCUAGUCAAGUUGCAGCUGCUCUUGUCAGCGGAGAGUUGCAACGUGGAGGGCGUGCGCCUCGCUCUGAAGCAGACUUCCAGCUGGGGCGGCGCAUGGAGUGACUUGCACUGCGUGGCGAUCAAGGGCAGUGGCACGGCUGUGAGGACGAUGCUGACUGCCGGCGUCGACCCGAACGCCCGCGACGCCAACGGCGACACCCCGCUGCACGCCGUGGCGGCCGCGGGCUGCCCGGGGGCGGCGGAGGCACUGGUGGAGGCCGGCGCAGACGUGGACGCGGCCGACUCGAGCGGCUCGACGCCGCUGCACUACGCGGUGCGCGCUGGAAACCUGGGGGUGGCGCGCGUGCUGCUGGCCGCGGGCGCCAACGUGGAGGCGCGCGACGCCGAGGGCGACACAUUCACAAGGGAGAUGGAGAUAUCAGAGCUGUCUAUAGAAGAAGUGAGACAAUGGACGCCCCUACGCUUUGCUGAAGAAACAUGCGCUUGGACCUGGGUCGAGAAGUUUCUCCAGAGAGGCGUCCCUCUGAGAUAUUUGGAAGCAACAAGGAGGAAGCUCCAGAAUGUGGACUCGGCAACAGAUGUAGUGAGGACAGCGUGUGUCACAGGUCUGUUACAUCUUCUGCAGUACGCCCUCUCAGUUGAUCCCUCUUUAGCAAAGGUAAGACUGGACACAGAAGGUACGACGCCGCUGCACGUGGCCGCCGCCCACAGACGAGUCGCAGUGGUGCGUGUACUCGUCGAUGCAGGCGCAGAUAUCGACUGCAAAACCGGCAACGGUCGGACACCACUGCACGCCGCAGCAUCGGUGGGUGCUGCAGACACUGUGCGCAUCUUGUUAAAAUAUGGAGCCCACUUGAGGGAGACAGAUCGAGAUGGGAAGACUGCCAUGCAGCUAGCAACGGAAAAUGGUCAUUUGCACAUUGCUAAGUCGAUGGAAAUCCACGGAGGAAAUGUGAACAAGAUUAUGCGUGACUUGAUUAGGGCAGGUCAGGCAGGAGAUGUGAAGACGGUGCGGGAGCUUUUGCCAUUGAGCACUCAGGCAGGCCCCGGGGAGUGGACGCAUCUCCACUGGGGGACUAUAAGGGGCACCACAACUCUAUUGAACGCGUUCUUGGCUGCGGGGAUGGACCCGAACUCCGGGGCUCGGCACGACCUGAGGGACAACGACGGAGACAGCGCACUGCACCGCGCGGUCUCCAGAGGCUCGCUGGAAACUGUAAGCGCGCUGCUGGAGGCUGGAGCCAGAACGGAUGCCAAAGACGCUCAGGGAGAGACGCCCUACGAUCUCGCGCGGAGGUGCGGCUACACUGACUUGCUGAGACUGCUUCGUCUUAUGCCCUCAGGCGUUGCACUGAUCAUCGAGCCUCCACACAACUUCUCACAUUUCACGAAAAAUACAUUUUUGCAUAAUAUAACAAGUAAGACUUACCUGCCAGCUCUGACGUGGGAGAGUGAAGGCUAG